ACCAAAUCAAUGAUGCCGGACCAAACGGAGCUCUGCACCGUGUGCUGCUGUACGCUGGCCAACAAGGUCCUCAUGGUGCUCUUCAUGGUGCUGCUGAUCCUCGCCAUCUUGUUUGGGAACUUGGUGACUCUCGCCGUGGUUCUCGGAACCAAACACUUCCACACGCCGCAGGGGUACCUGAAGGCGUCGCUCGCCGUGGCGGACCUGGCGGUGGGGGCGUUCGUGGUGCCGCUGUCCGUCUACGCCGAGGUCUACCUCAUGGCGACCGACUCGGCGCCGGAGUGGACCUCGUACAAUUCGCGGUCGGUGCGUUUCCACCCGUGCAACGUCAUCGGCCCCGUCUUCGCCGGGUGCACCUUGGUCUCCAUCACCACCAUCUUCCUGCUGACCAUCGAGCGCAGCAUCGCCGUGCUGAGGCCGCUGCACAAGGACUCCGUGAUCACGCGGAGGAGGACCAGGAUCCUCGUCGUCCUCUCCUGGGCGGGGAGCUUCUCCCUGGCGGUGUCUCCGAUGGUCUUCAGCAGCGAGAUCGCUCUGGAGUACAACUCCUGCAGCCGGAUGUGCAACUACGCGCUGGGCGCCGUCGGCGAGUUCCCGAGCCCGGCCUGGAACAUCCUCCUCCUCUUCCCGGCCUUUGACUUCACCCUCCUCGGUGCAACGGUGGUCAUCAACGUGGUCUCCCUGUCCGGCAUCAGGCAGCACUCCAAGCGGAGGAAACGCCUGGCCGAGAGCGAGCGCCACGGCGUCACCAAACCCACUUUCUCCGACAUCAAAGCGGCCAAAACCAUCGGGACGCUGACCGUGGCGUUCACCUCCUCGUUCACCCCCAUCGCCGUCUUCGUGGUGGGGAACGUUUUGGGGAACGAAUGGUGCGACUUUUCCUUUUUCGCCUUCUGGAUUUUGGCCAGCAACAGCUGCUGGAAUGUGAUAAUUUACAGCGUGAGGGAUCAGAAGUUCAGACGCUGCGCUCACAAGCUGUUCGUCAAAGGAUCCAAGAGCUCAGGAACCAAACGCUUGAGUUGA